CGGACUCCCGAGAGCGAGGACUGAGGACAGGAAGUCGCAUAUUUUAGCGUGGAUGCUAACGGUAAACUAAUAUUUAGCCACACCUCGCAGGUCCAUCUCCCACAAACAAGAAUGGAUAUAAGUUAACAAUGACUGGAGAGAAAAAGAAGAAAAAGCGGCUAAACCGCAGCAUUCUUCUUGCCAAGAAAAUCAUCAUUAAAGAUGGAGGCACUCCACAGGGGAUUGGAGAGCCCAGUGUCUAUCAUGCGGUGGUGGUUAUCUUCCUGGAGUUCUUCGCCUGGGGACUGCUCACCACUCCCAUGCUUACGGUGUUACAUCAGACAUUCCCCAAGCACACAUUCCUGAUGAACGGUCUUAUUCAUGGUGUCAAGGGACUGCUGUCUUUUCUGAGUGCUCCAUUAAUCGGUGCUUUGUCAGAUGUGUGGGGCCGGAAGUCCUUCCUGCUGCUCACUGUGUUCUUCACCUGUGCUCCCAUCCCUCUCAUGAAGAUCAGCCCAUGGUGGUACUUUGCAGUGAUCUCCAUGUCCGGUGUGUUUGCGGUCACUUUCUCUGUUAUCUUUGCAUAUGUGGCCGAUAUCACGCAGGAGCAUGAAAGGAUCACAGCCUAUGGCUUGGUAUCAGCCACUUUUGCAGCCAGUCUGGUGACGAGCCCGGCGAUCGGUGCAUACCUGUCAGUGACCUAUGGAGAUACUCUGGUGGUGAUCCUUGCCACGGCCAUUGCCCUGCUAGACAUCUGUUUUAUCCUGGUAGCGGUUCCUGAGUCCUUGCCUGAGAAGAUGAGACCAGCUUCAUGGGGAGCACCAAUCUCAUGGGAGCAGGCAGACCCCUUUGCAUCCUUGCGAAAGGUGGGCCAGGACUCCACGGUUCUCCUGAUCUGCAUCACAGUCUUCCUGUCUUACCUGCCUGAGGCUGGACAAUAUUCCAGUUUCUUCCUGUAUCUCAGACAGGUCAUUGGAUUUACAUCAGAAACAGUCGCUGCUUUCAUUGCGGUUGUGGGAAUACUUUCAAUCUUGGCUCAGACGGUUGUCCUGGGAAUCCUGAUGCGUUCCAUAGGGAAUAAGAACACUAUCUUGUUAGGCCUUGGCUUUCAGAUCCUGCAGCUGGCCUGGUACGGCUUUGGCUCCCAGCCCUGGAUGAUGUGGGCCGCUGGAGCCGUUGCUGCCAUGUCUAGCAUCACCUUCCCAGCAAUCAGUGCCAUAGUGUCCCGCAACGCAGACCCCGACCAACAAGGUGUGGUGCAGGGAAUGAUCACAGGAAUCCGAGGACUGUGUAACGGUCUGGGUCCAGCCCUCUACGGCUUCGUCUUCUACCUGUUUCAUGUGGAGCUCAGUGAAAUGGACCCCGCCGAGAGCCAAGAGAAGGGUGUCAAACCCAACAUGGCUAACCCUACAGAUGAGAGUGCCAUCAUCCCCGGCCCUCCCUUCCUGUUCGGAGCAUGCUCAGUGUUGCUGUCCCUGCUAGUUGCACUCUUCAUCCCAGAGCACAAUGCUCUCAACCUGCGGCCCGGCAGCUAUAAGAAGCACGACAACGGCGCACAAAGCCACUUACACAGUUCACAAGGUGGAUCCUGUGAGGGCAAGGAGCCUCUGCUAGAGGACAGCAGUGUAUAAC